UCUUCCCACCUCAUCGUCGCCAUCGCCGCCAUCGCCACCGCCGUCCACGGCAUGUUCCACCUUCGCCGCCCUUCUCGAACGACGCGUUCGCAUCUCGCCUCUCUGACCAAGCUUUUGCACCUGCGUCCGAGGCCAUCGUCAGCCGCGCUCCCAUGUCCGCCAACCAGUCACAUGGCUCUUAUCAGACACGAGGCCGCAAGAAGCAGGCCAAGACAUGCACACAAUCUGUAAUAAGCUGAUAGCCGGUGCAAGGCACACCACCACGGCCAAGAUGAGAUCGUCGCGCCCCUUCGCACACUGCAGCCAGUGGGAGCGCGCCAUGGGCGAGUAGCUCAGCGAAAUGCCUUGGCUCGUCUGCCGUGGCUCAAUGCUCGAAUAGGCAGGACGACCGGACAUGUGAGUAUAUAUCGAGAAGGCCUGGGGGACCACAAAAGGUGGGCGUGAAGAGCGUGUACACACUUCCAUACUGUCCUUCGACAUGUUUUCCUUCAGCACGCUCAGUGCCGUGGCGGCGCUGUGUGCGACUGCCGUCAGCCAGCAGGUAAACCCCACAAUCGCCCAGAUCAAUGGCAACAGAUACAUCUCGCCAUUCAGUGGCCAGAAUGUGACUGGAGUGCGUGGACUGGUCACUGCCAAGGGACCUGAUGGCUUCUGGAUGCGCUCCACCACGCCGGAUAGAGACGACAGGACUUCCGAGUCCAUCUACGUCUUCGGACGUGCAGUCCUCGGCAAUGUCACUGUCGGCAACAUUGUCACUCUCGAUGGACGAGUCACAGAGUUCCGCACGAGCCCAGCAUUCAUUCCAUUGACAGAGAUUGACCGUCCACGCAAUAUCGUCACAGUCUCGACUGGGAACGCCGUGGUUCCGCUGGUCAUUGGGCAGCGAGGACUCAAUCCUCCUACCGAGCAAUACAGCUCUCUUGACAGAGGCGAUGUAUUUGGUGUGCCAAACAACCAGAGCUUGGUCUCAGUAGCGAAUCCAGUCCUGGACGUCCGCAGAUUUGGCCUCGACUUCUGGGAGAGCCUGAGUGGCGAGCUUGUCACAGUACGCAGGCCGCGUGCUGUGAACAGGCCUAACCGAUUCGGCGACACCUGGGUUGUUGGUCAGUGGCGUACUACUGGUGACAACAAUCGUGGUGGCCUCACCAUCAGAGACCGUGACGCCAAUCCGGAGGCAAUUCUCAUUGGCACUCCUCUCGAUGGCAGUGCAAACCCGACCAACACGCUCUUGGGCGACUCACUUGAGGAGAUCACUGGUGUCAUCACCCAAGGCUUCGGAUUCUACAGGAUUCUCCCAACCACAAACAUCAAAGUCGUCUCUUCCAGGACUCCAGCUCUGCCACCUCCAACCAGACUCGAGUCCAGCGGGUCCUGCAACGGCAUCACUGUCGGUCAAUAUAAUGUUGAGAACCUGCAGCCUGCUUCAGGCAACCUGCAGGAUAUCGCCUCCCACAUUGUCAACUACAUGAAGACUCCAGAUAUCAUCUUCUUGCAAGAGAUCCAGGACGACAACGGGCCCGUGAAUGAUGCCGUUGUCUCUGCUGAUAUCACACUUUCGACACUCAGAGAUGCUGUCAACUCGCUGUCAUCUGACACAAACUACAGCUUUGUUGACAUCGACCCAGUUGACGAUCAGGAUGGCGGCCAGCCAGGUGGCAAUAUUCGCCCAGCAUACUUCUACAAGGCGGACCGCGUCCGACUGGUGAACGGCACGGCGGGGACCAGCACUCAAGCCAACGAGGUCCUUCCAGGUCCUUCUCUGCGCUACAAUCCAGGUCUUGUUGAUCCGGCCAAUGCGGCGUGGACAGCUUCACGCAAGCCAAUUGCAGCGCAAUGGGAGACAGUCCAAGGCUACGGCCGUGGAGGCACCUUCUUCACCUUCAACAACCACUGGACCUCCAAGGGCGGCAGCUCCUCCCUCCACGGCGAUGCCCGCCCGCCAGUAAACAACGGCAUUGACCAGCGUAAUCAACAAGCCCAGGUCCUCGGCUCUUUCAUCCGCCAAAUCCUCAGACAGAAUCGCAACGCCAACAUCAUGUCUGCAGGCGACUACAACGAGUUCCAGGUCGUCCAACCUCUCGGGACGUUCACCUCUGUCUCUGGGCUGGAGGAUCUCGACGAUGCCGUUGGGACGCGAGACGAGGAGAAGUAUACCUAUCUCUUCGACAUGAACUCACAGGCGCUGGAUCACAUGUUCGUUUCUCCUCGUCUGGCGUCGCGAGCCAGAAGCCAGAUUGAGCAUAUUCACGUUAACACUUGGACCACAGUAGACGCGCAGGCGAGUGAUCAUGAUCCUACUGUUUCGAGGUUCAAUGUUUGCUCGUAGAAGGAACGGAAUGGGCAUGUUAUGAUAAAUGAACAAGGAUGCAGAUAUCAAAAAGUUUGAAGCAAC